AUGGCUCCCGGCUUGAUCACUCCCACCACCUCCGCAUCGGAUGUGGACCUCACCUCCAAGGCCAUCGAACACAAACUGGAGAAGAUCAAUGGCACCAGCACGGACGCACCCUCCAAGCUGGCCGAGUUGGACGCCUCCAAGCUCACAUACACCCUCACCAAGAACCCACGCCCCGUCCCGGACGAGGUAACAGCCACCAGUGGCAACGAGACGAUAUGCUCAGACCACAUGAUCACCGUGGGGUGGUCCGCCUCCCACGGCUGGGCCGCCCCUGAGCUCAAGCCCUACGGGCCCCUAAGCCUGAUGCCCACGGCCUCGGUCCUGCACUACGCCACCGAGUGCUUCGAGGGCCUCAAGGCGUACCGGGGCUUCGACGGCAAGCUGAGGCUGUUCCGGCCGGACUGCAACGCCAAGCGCCUCCUCAUGUCCAGCCUCCGCAUCAGCCUCCCGGGCUUCGCGCCCGCCGAGCUCGAGCGCCUCGUCGUGGCGCUGAUGGAGGUCGACGGGCCCAAGUGGCUGCCCCGCGACCGCCCCGGCAGCUUCCUUUACAUCCGCCCCGCCCUGAUCGGCACGCACCAGCAGCUGGGCGUGCAGGCGCCCAGGGAGGCCCUGCUGUUCAUCACCGUGUCCUUCAUGCCCCGCAUGGACGCGCCGCAGGGCGGCAUGAAGCUGCACACCAGCCCGGAGGAUAUGGUGCGCGCCUGGGUCGGCGGGUUCGGAUACGCAAAGGUGGGCGCCAACUAUGGGCCCAGCCUGCUUGCCACCCAGGAGGCACGAAACAGAGGUUUCGGACAGAUCCUCUGGUUGUAUGGCCCCGAGGGCUACUGUACCGAGGCGGGCGCGUCGAACUUCUUCGUCGUGUGGAAGUGCAAGGAGACCGGCAGGACGCAGCUUGUCACGGCGCCGCUGGACGACAGACUCAUCCUCGACGGCGUCACCAGGAGGAGCAUCGUGCAGCUUGUACGGGAGAGGUUGGGCGAUGAGGUGGACGUCGUGGAGAGGAAGUACACAAUCGAUGAGGUUCUUGAGGCUGAAAGGGAAGGGCGAAUGGUCGAGUCAUUCGCGGCUGGCACGGCUUUCUUCGUCUGCCCUGUUUCUAUGAUUCACCACAGAGGAAAGGAAGUUACUUUCGACAUGGGCAACGGCGAGGGAGCAAAGUAUACCCAGAUCAUUAAGAAGUGGAUGAAAGAUAUCAUGUAUGGCGGUGAUGACCACGCAUGGGGCGUCGUUGUGCAAGAGCAGGCAUAA